UAUAUUAUUUCUCCCCCAAAACUCGUUUCCCUCUCUCAAUCUCAAUCUCUUUCUCUCUGUUUCCUCACAAAUCAAUCAAAUGAAUCCUUCAAAUUCAAUAUCUCAAUUUGAACAGGAAGAGUUACUCGACAAAUUGGAGGUUUUCAAGAUCAAAGGCAGAGACAAACAAGGCCGCAAGAUCCUCCGCAUUAUCGGAAAAUUCUUCCCUGCGCGCCUGGUGAGUGUUGACGUUCUGAAGAAGUACCUAGAGGAGAGGAUUUUCCCGAAGCUUGUGAAGAAGAAAUUCUCGGUGCUGUACGUUCACACCGACGUUCACCGGAGCGAGAAUUUCCCCGGAAUCUCCGCUCUCCGAUCUAUCUACGACGCGAUCCCGGCCAACGUCAAGGAGAAUCUGGAAGCCGUCUAUUUCAUUCACCCUGGCCUCCAGUCUCGCCUCUUCCUCGCCACCUUCGGCCGCUUCCUCUUCAACGCCGGGUUGUACGGGAAGUUGAGGUACGUGAGCAGGGUUGAUUAUCUGUGGGAGAGUGUACGGAGGAACGAGGUGGAGGUUCCGGAGUUUGUGUUUGAUCAUGAUGAGGAUUUGGAGUACCGGCCGAUGAUGGAUUACGGCUUGGAGAGUGAUCACGCCAGGGUUUACGGCGGAGCUCCGGCGAUGGAUUCACCGGUCACAACUUACUCCAUGAGGUGUAUCUCAUAGGAUUAGGAUCUCUUUUUUGGAUUCAGUUGAUCCUUACGCAUGUUGUUUUGUCCCUAUGUUGGGUGGGUUUGUUCUUGUCGUGUUUUGUGAACCGGCCUGACCAAUCAAAUUAUUUAGGCCCAUAACGAUGUGGUGUGGAUGCUGAAGUUGUGCAGCAGAAACAAGUUUUUUAUUUUUUAAAGAAUAGUUGUCUUUUUAGGUCUUUGUCAUUGUGAUAUAUGAAAUGGUGGAUGACUAGUGAUUAUA